AUGGCCAACCUUUCCCCAAACGGUCUUGGAUUUGCCGGUAGCGACGACGACGACGUUUCGCGCGUGGACUUUGCAUCGCAAGAGCACGCUAUGGCCGCCGCUACAGCCAAAGCAGAGGCAUCUGAUGGCUUGACCCCGGAAUUUCAGGAUGCACCCCACAGCCUCGAGCAGCAAGAUGACGACGCCGGUCGCUCAAGACAGCCUGAUGCAGCUGGAGCAAACGAAGAUACCGCGACAAAUGGUACCGCUAGCAACCCACCCCGUGGCCACAAUGGCGAAGAGCAGCCGUACCUCCAACGACCGCUCGGCCCUAUGAGAACACUAUCCAGCACGUAUAAUCCAUCGUCAUCUCGAAGGCCGCAGCCGCCACAGACAGGGUCAGCAUACGAUGGCACUAUCCGAUCAUCGUCGGCAACGCGCCCAUGGCCCAGCGACAGCAGAUUUCGGGCUCAGGAACGAGCUUACGUGCAAAAGUUACGGCAAGAAUACGAUGGCGAAUAUUUCAACCACUACGAUGAGAUUGGCAAUGACUCAGACUCGGACGGGGAGACUCCUUCAACUGAAAGCCCAUUCGAUGAUCGUCUUGACCAGGAAACAAUUAUGUUCUACGGCAACGACGACGUACAACCUACCGAAGACGAGUUACAGGAUCCUGAGAGUCGCGAAAGGCUCGAGUGGCAUGGCAUGCUUGAAGCUGUUCUGACUGGCGACGUGGUGCGACAAGAGAAGAAGAGACUGAUUGGUUCAUCUGAGCAAGCCGUCGGAAAGACGGGCCACAAAUCAGAACUUUGGCUGGGUGUCCGCAGCAAAGUGUGUGGCAGGCAUCUUCCCGUGCAGAAGCGCAUUGUGGAAGAGGCGCGCGCCACUCUAGAUCGGACGCUGGACGAAAUUAUCAACUUCAAAGUCAAGGGUGAAAGCGAGGCCGGAAAAAACCCGUACGAGCAGGUCCGUGACAUUGUUGCCUCGAUUCAAAAGUGCGAGAGUCUAUAUCCUUCUUGGGCGGCCCUCGUUGCCGAGCAUCAAACGGCAGCAUCACCACAGUUCAGCGAGGCGUAUGAAGCAAUCAUGUCUUGGUACAAUACCAACGAAAUGAUCAAUACUGAACUUGCCAUUCUCAAGAAAUGGGUUGGCAACGCCGAACUGGACUUCUCUCGCACCAAACAGCGAUCACCGGCCGUGGACGGCAUUGCGCCCGAUGAAGCUUCCUUUUUGGACCGACUUAUGAAGGAAGACGGGUUACAAUCCUUGUACAACGACGAUGACCAGCUUGAAGCAAACGGCAUGCUGCCACCUAUUGCAAACAUCAUCUCAAAGGCCAAGGAGACCUUUAUCCGCAAUUCUAUGCCGUUCCAGAAACGACAUCUGCCGCCCUACUUGGAUGAGCUUUUGACGCUCAUCAGCUUCCCAUCUAGACUCAUCGAAGAGAUUACGCGAAUGAUUUCACAAUUCCAGCUGCUUCUCAAAGCAGCCAUCAGGAUUAAAAAGGAAUAUCUAACAAUAGAGAAGCCAGAGCCAGGUUGGGAUCUCCCUCCGUGCAUUGAUGAGUCUUUUGACCAAGUCGUGCUAGAGGCGUUGAAGUACUAUUUCAAGAUGCUCAACUGGAAGCUCACGGGCAACAGAAACACUUUCAAGGAAGCUGAAUUGUUGUUCCAGGAGUGGGAGUUUGCAAAUGAUAUAGGCAGGCAGCUGCAGCGAGGCCACAUUGAGGUUGCCGAGCAGUUUAGCUCCCUGACCCUGAAGGCCAUCAGCCGUCUCAGCCAGACGUUUGAGAGAGAGUUGCAGGCCAAAUCGGGUGAAUCGGCCGCGGAGAUGACGAAGCGAUACAAAGCUUGCCUGGACUCAGUCCGUGUGCGCCAGCGAAUGCUGCAGCGUUUCUCGCGCAUGCUAAGCGACAACUACGAGCACGCCUCAGACUAUAGCGUUUCCUACUCGCCCCAGAACUUGUCCAAGUUCUUUGAUCAGCUGGCAGCCACUGGCCAUUUCCGUGUGCAGACUGAUGUAUUCGAGAAGGAUGGCAUCUACGUCAUAGCAUCCUCAGACUUGCAUGACAGGCUUGACGACAUUCAGGCCAUGAUGGCCAUUACAAAGAAGGACAUUUUUGAGGAGGAGUCUAGCGCCGGGUACAUCUUAGUGGUGCGGCCCGAGGAGGCUUUGAGUUGGUUCGGCGAGGUCAUUAACGUGACAUUGAGGACCCAAGUCAUUGAUUUGAAACGUGGCCAGCUUCGUCUUUGCGCCACCAGCUCACAAGCGCUUCCCAAUGCCAGGAAGGAAUUUCUUGACGCUGUCGACACGCAUGUUGAUCUAUUACAAGAAGCAAGGUCGAACAUUCACAAAGUGAACCAAAAGCUGACGGACAUUCGAAAAGUCACAUAUAAGCUCUCAAACACAUUCAUGGACAGCGUCCAAACCAUUCGAAAACAAGCACUUGGAACUGGAAAAGACUGCAGCGAGCUCAUUCAAACCUGCUUCGUAUUCGCAACAGAAUUUGGUCAGCGAUCGCUGCUCUACAUGGACAGCAAUAGACGCCAGAUGAACAACUUGAAGCUCACCAAGCUUGCGCUUGACUGGGUCAGCUUCAUCUGUGACGACUGCGAGGCCUCGGAUAGGAAGACGUUCCGUUGGGCAGUCCUUGCGCUGGAACUGGCAAUGGGCAUGACUCGUGGACGGCACAUUCUUGCGCUGGGUGAAGAGGAGUACGCCACGCUGCGAGCUAAGGUGGCUGGUUGCAUGUCAGUACUCAUCUCGCACUUUGACAUUAUGGGCGCACGAUCCAACCUGGCCGCACAGGCUGAGAGGGAAAGAGUCGAAGCCAUGAUGGGCCAGUUCAAGAAGUUGGACAGCAAGAAAAUGCUGGACGACGAGGAGGCUGCCAGAUGCAGAGCCCUGCAGCGGAUUGAGUUCCUGGACAAGGUAGACGAGCUUCGUCUUGAAAAGGAGGCAGAGCGCCGAUCGUUAGGCCGUGUGCUGGAGGCGACUAACGAGGCCGACCGUUCGCUAGCCUACUUAUCCUCGUCGUCAAUGAAUGUGACGAUGCGCUGGCAGCAAGGCCAUUUUGUCGGAGGCGGUACUUUUGGCAAUGUGUAUGCCGCCAUGAACCUCGAGUCUGGCCAGUUGAUGGCUGUAAAAGAGAUUCGACUGCAAGACCCCAAGCAGAUCCCGACCAUUGCGGAGCAGAUUCGCGACGAAAUGGGAGUCUUGGAAGUUCUUGACCAUCCCAACGUCGUGGCCUACCACGGUAUCGAAGUUCAUCGCGAUCGCGUCUACAUUUUCAUGGAGUACUGUUCUGGAGGAUCCCUUGCCAACCUGCUCGAGCAUGGUCGAAUCGAAGACGAGCAGGUCAUCACCGUUUAUGCGCUGCAGCUAUUGGAAGGUCUGGUGUAUUUGCAUGAAAGCUUCAUCACCCAUCGUGACAUUAAGCCAGAGAAUAUUCUGCUUGAUCAUAACGGUAUCAUCAAAUAUGUCGACUUUGGUGCGGCCAAGGUGAUUGCACGACAGGGCCGAACGCUAGCCCAAGACCUGCACGCCACGAAGCCAAACAAGUCGAUGACGGGCACGCCGAUGUACAUGUCGCCCGAAGUGAUCAAGGGAGAGCUCUCGGAGCACUCUGGCAGGGCUGGGGCUGUGGAUGUCUGGUCGCUUGGGUGUGUCAUUUUGGAGAUGGCUACCGGAAGACGACCGUGGGCAAACCUUGACAACGAGUGGUCCAUCAUGUACAACAUUGGACAGGGCAACGCCCCGGCGCUCCCCACCACGGAGUUUUUGAGCCCGCAGGGUCUCGACUUUUUGAAGAAGUGCUUCAUUCGCGACCCAUCCAAGCGGUGGACCGCUGUUGAGCUGCUCCAGCAUGAAUGGAUCAUGGCCAUCCGUAGCCAGGUUGUCGAGUCACCGACACCUAGCGAGAUGAGCUCAUCCGCUGCGACUACGCCCUACUCGAAUAACCAGUGA